UUAAAUACCUACAUUCGAAUUACGAACAUCCAUCGUGUUGGUUGCCGGUCGCUAUUGUAUAUAAUUUUUUUUUUUAUUUCUUAGAAGUAUUACACAUUUGAGAAAAAGUGUAAAAUUAAGUUUUAAAAAUACUCAAACGAAAAAUAAAAUUAAUUUUAAUCAUGGGUAUUCUAGCCACGGGGCUUGGUCUUCUUUUAAUCGCGACUGUUGCUUGGUCAGAUGAAGCUCCCAAAGGUCCCAAAGUAACUCACAAGGUACUAUUUGAUAUAACUGUUGGUGAUGAACCACUUGGUACCAUUACCAUUGGCCUUUUUGGUAAAACUGUUCCUAAAACUGCUGAGAACUUUUACCAAUUAGCACUAAAGCCCAAGGGAGAGGGCUACAAGGGGAGCAAAUUCCACAGAGUCAUUGAUAAUUUCAUGAUUCAAGGUGGAGACUUCACCAAAGGAGAUGGAACUGGAGGACGCAGUAUUUAUGGUGAAAGAUUUGAAGAUGAGAACUUUAAGCUCCGCCACUACGGUGCUGGUUGGUUGUCCAUGGCAAAUGCUGGAAAGGACACCAAUGGUUCCCAGUUCUUCAUUACUACCACAAAGACACCAUGGUUGGACGGCAGACAUGUAGUGUUCGGCAAGGUCUUAGAAGGAAUGGACAUUGUUCGCAAGAUUGAGAAGACUGUAACUGGAGCCAACGAUCGGCCCGUCAAGGAUGUUGUUAUUUCCAACACCCACGCAGAAAUUGUUGCAGAACCAUUCAGUGUCACAAAAGAAAGUGCUCAAUAAUUUUUAAGCAAUAAUUUUCUAGAUAAGUAAUUUUUAUUUCCAGGUUAAAUACUUUGAUUGUAUACAAAACAUAGUUUUUAAUGAAUUUAAAGACCUCUUGUUCUUUGAAAUAAUUACAAAAAUGUGAAAGUUAACCAUCACAGUUUAUUUUCUUGAAUAAUAUUAACAUUAAAAUAAAGUCUAAAUACAUU